UUUGAAGAUGGCGGCGUCCGCAGGUGGGAAGUCGCGAGCGCUGUGCUUCUUAAUGAGCAGGCUGUGCCCGCCAAGGCAGCCCCGUGCUGGAGUCUGGGGACCGCCUGCAGCACCUUUAAUCUCGCACUCGGAGUGGGACUGCGGCCACACAGCAGCAAUGAGGCGGUUCAGGCACACAACGAGUCGGCAGCAGCAGCAGCUCAACUUCGGGGGAGAGGGGGAAGCACCGGAUCGGCCGCUGGCAGCAGGAACGGGCAGUCAGCAAGAUUUACAGGCCCUUCUUCAAGAGUUUCCACAGCCUAAGAACCUGCUGGUUCAAGUCAUACAACGAGCUCUGAAGGUUUCUAAUGUAAAUGACCACAUCGUCUAUAAAUCAUUUGAUGGGCGCAUCAAAAAAACAGUUCUGUACAUUGGUUGGCCAAGAAAACUAAAAGUGGAAGGUUUUGGCAAUAAGAAAGUUGUUGCAGAAAAACAUGCUGCUGCAGCUGCCUGCAGGAUAUUCAAGCAAUGGGGUCUGCUGGGACCAAAGAAUCAGCUGUUCCAAGCUCAAGACUACCAGGAUUUGGCUGCAAAAUUUGCUGCUUUACCUCUGACUGAAGUGGACUCGGUGAUGAACAACUCAACAAACAAUGCUCAUAAGAUAGCCUACAGGCAGAAGAAUAUUGAGAAAGAAGCACCUGAACCAACUGAAAUGGGUCUGCUGGAGGAAAAUGAGGUGGACGAGGAGGUAGAGGAAGGGACAAUGGACUGCACAGAGUUUCUCUCUAUCACAGACAAAACACCUCAGCAUAAACUGAUGUCAAGGGCAGUUCAGAAUAUCAUGACAGAUAACUCCAGUGCACUGAAGGCCCUCACACAAUUUCCUGAGCCGAAGAACCUCCUGUCAAAAGUCAUACAAAUUGCAACCACCUCUUCUACAGUCACGGACUAUCUGAAAUACUCCACAGAAGAUGGUCCUGUCAAGGUAUGCCGGCUUGAGGUGCAGUGGCCAACCCCAAUGACCUUUGUUGCAAGUGGUCGACGGAAAACUGAAGCAGAAAGAAGAGCAGCAGCUUUAGUCUGUAAGAAGUUGAAGGAGCUUGGUUUGCUUAACCAGAAAAAUCAUCCACUGACCCAUGCCAUGUACAACUUGGGCGCAAUAAAAGAGUUGAAUGAAAAGGAGCGGAGGCCGACCAGGAUAGAAAUCCCAAAGAGCCUCCAGCAACGAAUCCAGCAAUAUUUGGAUCAGCAUUCAGUAGAAACAGCCUCUGAAGAUGAUGACUGUGAGUACCAGUCCAUUAGCCCCAGCCCAGAGAUUGUGGAUUCAGUGUCUGGCAGUGGUUUGAUUAGUGAUGCUAUUACAGGAGAAAUGUAUGUCCCACUGUCACAAGGAGAGGCAGAGCAAAUCAAUCAGAAACUGCUCUGGCUGUGGCAGCGAUACAAGCCUGAGAAAGUUAAGCCAUUGCCAGUAGACUUGCACAAGAAAGCAAUAAUUUCUGCCAUUGAAGAAAAUCAGGUAAUAGUCAUAGCUGGAGCGACUGGAUGUGGUAAAACCACCAGGAUCCCUCAGUUUAUACUGGAGAAGUUCAUAACUGACAACAGAGGAGCACACUGUAACAUUUUAAUAACACAGCCCCGACGGAUCAGUGCAGUAUCAGUGGGGCAACGAGUAGGCUAUGAGCUGGGACCAAGCCUGAAGAAAAAUGUGGGUUACCAGGUGAGGCUGGAGAGCAUGUUGCCCCCUAGAGGUGGAGCCUUACUCUUCUGCACUGUUGGCAUCCUGCUGAAGAAACUACAAGGUAAUGCCUCACUAGAAGGCAUCAGUCAUGUCAUCGUGGAUGAAGUCCACGAACGUGAUGUCAACACGGACUUCCUGCUCAUCUUACUGAAGAAGAUAAUGGAAUCCAACCCGAAUCUGAAGAUCAUCUUAAUGAGUGCCACCAGUGACACUGAGCGUAUAUCAGAAUAUUAUGGAAAUUGCCCCAUAGUAACUGUGCCAGGAUUCAUGUUUCCGGUGAAAGACUUUUACCUGGAUGACCUCCUACCAAUGCUGGGACGAAGGAAAAUGACUGGGCUCAAUCAAGAUGAGGAGGAUCCCGUCCCUGAUCUUGAUCUGGUCACCGACACAAUUUUACACAUUGAUGCUCACAGUGAGUCUGGUGGAAUCUUGUGCUUCUUACCAGGUUGGCAGGAAAUCCGAGGAGUUCAACAGAGACUUGAGGAACGCCUUUCUACUCCAAACAAAAAUUACAUAAUUUUACCCGUUCAUUCCAAUAUCCCUGUUGCGGAUCAACAAGAGAUUUUCCGUCAACCAGCUCCUUGGAUGAGGAAAAUUGUCCUGGCAACAAACAUUGCAGAGACCUCAAUAACUAUCGAUGAUAUCACGCACGUAGUUGACACAGGGUGUCACAAGGAGCAGCGCUAUGAUCUGAGAACAAAGGUUUCAUGUCUCAAUACUGUUUGGAUUUCCAAAUCGAAUGUGAAGCAGCGGCGUGGGCGAGCAGGCCGCUGCCAGCCAGGUACAGCCUACCAUCUGUUCAGCAAAGAGAGGUUGGAGAAAAUGGAUGACUUUCCAAUCCCAGAAAUCAUGCGCACUCCUCUAGAGAACAUAGUGGUGCAGUCCAAAGUCCACGUUCCUGACAUUACGGCUUCAGAUUUUCUGUCAAAAGCAAUGAAUAGUCCAAAUCCUAAAGCUGUCAAUGAGGCUGUGCGGGUACUACAGGAGAUAGGGGUACUUGAUGAAUAUGAAUCUCUCACUUCCCUCGGACAGCGUCUGGCCCACAUCUCCACGGACCCCAGGCUGGCAAAGGCGAUCGUCAUGGCCUCCAUUUUCCGCUGUCUGUCCCCCGUGUUAACAGUUGUUGCAUGCCUGACUCGAGAUCCAUUUAUGAACAGUUUGCUGAACAGGUCUGAAGUUAUGAAGGCAAAAGCAUGUCUGAGUGGGGACAGCCGAAGUGAUCAUGUGGCUUUUAUUAAAGCUGUUGAAGGCUGGAAGAAAGUCCUGCAGGAGAGGGAUGCGGACUGCAAGAAAGAGUACCUUGAAGAGAACAUGCUAUACGCCCCCAGCCUCCGCUUCAUUCACGGAUUAAUUCAGCAGUUCUCUGAAAACGUUUACAAUGCAUUCCUGGUGUCGAAUCCUUCAGAUUGCAUAAGUUCCUACUCCUUGUGUAACCAGUGCAGUGGGGAGGAAGAAUUGAUUAAAGGUGUGCUUUUGGCUGGCCUAUACCCUAACUUCAUUCAGCUGAGACAUGGAAAAGUUACCAAAGAGGGAAAAUUUAAACCCAACAGCCUGGUCUACCGUACUAAAGGUGGGCAGGUAUUGCUGCACAGAUCUACAGUGAACAGGAAUGAGGAAUAUUUUAAAAGUCGUUGGCUGACCUAUUUCACGGCUGUGAAAUCCAAUGGGAACGUUUUUGUUCGUGACUCCUCCAUGGUCCAUCCAUUGACUCUGUUAAUGCUUCCAGAUUGUGACAUUGACAUCAAAGAUGAUGGUGACUCUGUGCUGCUAACUCUGGCUGACUCUAGCCUCCUGCAACUCGAGCUGGACUCUAAGACUGCCUAUUUAUUGUACAGCUUCCGCAAAGCUGUACACAAGAUGAUAAAGAACUGCCUGCGAUAUGAACUCCCAGAAAUAUCUUCUGAUCUUCGGAAAGAAAAUGGGGAAGUGCUGUCAUUGCUUGUGGAGCUCUUGAACUGUUGGCCAGCAGAGUGAGAGGUUCACUAGGAGGAGAGGGGAGAUAUCCAACGUUUAUAUUGUAUUCUGUAUCAGAAUUGCUUAACCCAGUGUACAAAAAAAAAUUGUAUCUGCUUUAUUUAAUGCAACGAGAGGCUAAAACUGCUCAACUUUCUGCAAAAUUAUGUGAAACUGAUGGGCAGACAGGUCUAUCAUCUCAGAUAAUUUAUAACUGUUAAUAAUGGAUUGCGCGUAAAACUAAUCAGAAUAAUCUUAUUAAGCAAGAGCCUAACUAAAGGGAUGAA